AUGGGAUGGGGGCUCUCCCGAAACCGUCGGCUCAAACGUGAAGAUCUUGAGCUGGAACUGUCAGGGCAUUGUGGUGGUUUAGCUAUUUUCUAUAAUAAUAAUAUAAAACUUGAUUUUCUUUAUGCAUCUGAUCGGAUAGUGGAUGUUAAAGCUUUGUUGGGUUCUCAAGUUUUAUUUCUUUCUUUUGUGUAUGGUGAUCCUGUGCCUGGAGCUAGACAGGAGGUUUGGGACAAACUCAUUCAAAUUGGUUCUCUCCGGCAGGAUCCUUGGUUUAUGAUUGGUGAUUUCAAUGAACUUAUGGGUAAUCACGAAAAAUCGGGUGGUGCGAUAAGACCGGUUUCCUCUUUUGUUCCUUUUAAUUCUAUGAUCCGUGAGUGUGGUAUGUUAGAAUUCCCAUGUUAUGGGGAUUUUCUUUCGUGGCGAGGUAAUCGUUGUAAUAAUCAGGUAGUCCGUUGUAGAUUGGAUCGCGCUCUAGGGAAUGAAGAUUGGCAUUCACUCUUUCCUUGUUCGCGAGUGGAUUACUUAGAGAUGAUUGGGUCUGAUCAUCGGCCUAUUAUAGCUUCUUGUGAAUUAUUUGGGGGACGAAGGUUUCGUCAGUUUCGUUUUGACAAGCGAUGGAUGGGUAAAGAAGGGUUUUCUGGGGCCGUGGAAAUGGGGUGGAAUCGGACAAGAAAUUUUAGAAUCCCAGGGUUUGUGGAUAAAAUCAGAAAUUGUCGAAAUUCUAUUUCCUGGUGGAGAAAACAGAAUGUCCCGAAUAGUAAAACUCUUAUAUCUUCACUUAAGACGGCUCUAGAGGAUGCUAAAAAAUAUGAUUCUUUUUCGCAAUCGGAAAUUCACAUUCUAGAGAAAAAGCUCAAGGAUGCCUAUUAUGAUGAGGAAUUGUAUUGGCAACAGAAAAGCCGAAAGUUCUGGUUGCGGGUCGGUGACAAGAAUACUAGCUUCUUUCAUGCUUCUACUAAACAAAGGAGGGUUAGGAAUAAGAUUGUAGGUUUGUUUGAUCAACAAGAUGUUUGGGAUGAAUCGAGUCAGGGUAUGGAAAGGAUUGCUUCUGAUUAUUUUAAGUCACUUUUUACUCAAUCGGAUGUUGGGGGUAUUUCGGAGAUGGUAGAAGCGGUCAAACCUUUUGUUACUGAGCAUAUGAAUAGGGAGUUAAUUAAGGAUGUUUCCGAGUUGGAAGUUCGAAAGGCUCUUUCCGCAAUGCACCCGGAGAAAACCCCGGGACCGGACGGAAUGACAGCACUUUUCUUUCAGAGGUUUUGGCCUCAUCUUAAAGGGGAUUUGGUUGCUUUGGUGAGGGAGUUCUUUCGGACUGCUAAUAUCAAAAAGGCAGAGAGGGAAGGGAAAAUAACGGGUAUUAAGGUUUCCCGUGACUCACCCCCUAUUUCUCAUUUGCUUUUUGCGGAUGAUAGUUUAUUCUUCUGUAAAGCGGAAGAAGAACAAUGUUCAACGGUCAUGAAUAUUAUAGGCAAUUAUGGUAAAGCUUCCGGGCAGGAGGUUAAUUUGGACAAGUCAUCUAUAAUGUUUGGUAAAAAAGUGGUGUCGGAAGUCAAGGAUAAGGUUAAAUCUGUCAUUAAAAUCUGCAAGGAAGGGGGUAUGGGUCCUACUUGGGAAUCCCAGAAAGUCUCGGAGGAUCACGAGUACAAGUCUUUAGUUAUGUUCGAGAUAGGUUGA